UGAACCUAUUCACACAGAUGAUAUUGCCCACAACUCGGAAUCACCAACGUUAAACGAAAGCUCUUCACAACAUAUUUUGCAAGAAUUCGAUGAAUGUUCACUCGAUACACCUGCUUUUGAUGCACAGCAUUCUUUGAUAAACGUUUCUGAUCCUGCAAAGACGGCUGAACUCAACACAGAACUAAAUAUGGUUCAAACUAACAUGGAAUCAAAUUGCAUGUCAAAAGAACUAGCAGAGGAUUCCUCAGAACCUAUUCACACAGAUGAUAUUCCCGAUAAUUCUGAAUUAUCAACGUUAAACGAAAGUUUUCCACAACGUGUUCUGCGAGAGUCAUAUAUACAAUCACUCAACACACUUGAUUUUGAUGGACAACAUGGUUCGAUAUACUGCUUCGAUCCUGCAGAAACAGCCGAAUUUAGUACAGAAAUCGAUACGGCUCAAGUCGGCACACAAAAUAAAAAUAUUUUAGAGCAAUCGAUGACAUAUUCUUCACAGUCACUUGACAAUGAUAAUAUCGAUAAUGCUACUUUUUCAAAAGAGCAGACUAACGCCGAAAAUGUAAUUUCGUCAUCGGACGGAAAUGAUGAGGAAUGGUUACCCGCAGAAGUUCAGUACACUAUGAACCCAGUGCUCGAUCAGAUACUUUUAAACAAUGAUGACUAUUUACAAAGCGAAAAAAAUCUCGAAAAUGUUGGCGAAGAUGAACAGAUUAUUGAAGAAGAGAGUAUUGAGUGUGAAGGAACUAUGGUUGAUGAAAGAUUACGGAGAUCGAAUCGUCGUCGAAAUGUUAUUUUAUCACCGUUUCCUGAGAGAGGAACAAGUGAAAGUGUUUCGUUGCCUCGACUUUCUCCGACAAUGACCAACGAUGCCACAGAACAAAGUCACGACGAUAGCGUUACCGAUGAGGAUUACGUUCCGACCGAGGCUUCAAGCUCUUCAGAUGAAUUUCUAAAUGCAACGAAUAACAGUAAUACUAGCGCUGGACGCGAAAAAAAUGUUCCGACAAACAAUUGUAUUCACUCACGAGAAAAGGAUUCCGGAGUGUUAAACAUUUCCGGCAGAGCGGCAACAGGAUCGGUGGAUGACACAAAUUUAUCCGUGCAAACAUCAGCUCAAAAAAAAAGUGAGAAAAAAUACUUUUGCAUGUAUUGCCAUAAACUUUAUAGCAAACUCCCACGGCAUCUUGAGACAGUCCACAUCAAAGAGAAUGACGUGAAAAAGUUUUCCAUGCUAAAGAGAGGUUUGAAUUUGUUUUUUAUACAUAAAUGAUGUCAAUAUUUCAUAACUAUAGAUUUUUGCA